CGUCGAGCGCUCAUGAGUAUGAUGCUUCCCAACGCUCCGCUGAAUAGCAUUAAGACCGGGCCUCGUGUUUGAUAUGUGUACUUUUUAUUAAGACCCACAACCCGCAAUGGAAGUCGUCUCGAAUCCUUCGCUCAUUUAUCCCCAGACCGCACGAAGGACACCAUUUGAAGAGCCACUUUGUAAUCUCGGACAAAUAGACAGUACGUGUGAUGACUUGUAGUUGGUGAUCCAGCCUUGAGCUUGCCGCUCACAUCUUAGAAAGAUGCGCCUGCUUAGCGCGGAAGCCGUCCUUCACAGGGAAAAGGACACCCAGCGAGCUGGGCGCCAAAUUAAAAUCUUCGAGGAACAUGAUGAUGGGACCACAAAAUAUGCGAUACUGUCGCAUCGUUGGAGAGACGAGGUCGAUUAUGAUGAAAUGUCAUCGCUCAUGAGAAUGGCCGAGCCUGACAGGAAUGAAAUCAAGCGGCGCUCUGGCUACGAGAAGAUCAUAAAGAGCUGCGAACAGGCCCUGCAGGACGGCUACAUGUGGAUUUGGAUCGAUACGUGCUGCAUCGACAAACGGAACGAGCCUGAGCUGUCAGGGGCUAUUAGAUCAAUGUAUCGGUGGUACAGUAAAUCGCAGAAAUGCUACGCAUAUCUCGACGACGUAGAAGACCGGAUAUUUCCUACUAAGCAAGACUUCAGCAAGUUUGCCAAGUUCAACGGCUGGCCAGAGUGGUUCUCGCGGGGCUGGACGCUCCAAGAACUCGUCGCUCCGAAACAAGUCGAGUUCUUCAACAAGGACUGGGUUCACAUCGGGGGCAAGCAGAAUCUUGCAAACACAUUAGAGAAAGUUACCCAGAUUCCUAUUGAUGUUUUGAAGGACGCCUCGGAGAUUUCGAGGCGUUUCUGCGUUGCACAAAUCAUGUCUUGGGCAGCGGAUCGGAAGACGACGCGAGUGGAGGACCGUGCAUAUUCGCUGUUGGGACUGUUUGGCGUGAACAUGCCGAUAUACUAUGAUGAGAAGGAAAAGGCAUUUCACAGGUUGCAGCUGGAAAUCAUAGGGAAAUUCAACGAUCACAGCAUCUUCGCAUGGAAUUCCAAGGGACAGUUUAGCUGUCUUGGCGGCGCCCUAGCAGGUGACCCGAACCACUUUCGCGGUUGCCACGACAUCGAAAAGGUGGAACUUGACGAGUUCGUCGACGAAGUAAUGGAUUACUACCAGAGCGGACUUAGCAUGACCAGGAACCCGGGCAGCGGUAGACUCGUAAGGUCUCGCGACCGUACAUUUCGCCAACAACUACUUCAGCGACGGCCUGCCAUAUUCCGUGAUGCACGUAGCAUUCAAAUUUGCUUGCCUGUCAUACCCCAUUGUGACUCUGCGUCGGUCUUCCGAGCCAUAUUGGCCUGUCGAGACUACUAUGGAGAUCUCAUCACCAUUGACUUGACGUCUCCCGACCCACUUCAAAGCUCCUACCGGAUUUGUUCCGGUAGGCGCUUUAGACACUGGGGUCCGGAACUUAGGACACUCUGUCUCGCUUACUCAGCUCCAGACACUAAGGAGUACCACCAUUUCAAAGUCGACGAUAGGCAUACAUUGUAUCACCGUUUCUCUCGACACGGCACCUUCCCGCGCGAAUUCACAGGCGAUACUAUCACAGUCUCAUCCCUCACAAAUGAUCUUGUAGUCAUAGUUUAUGCCAACGACGGCGCUAAAUCUCGCUUUGCAGUUGCCAUCGGCUUCUACCUUGGCCAGGGAUACGUGCACGUGGCCUAUGACGAUUAUUCUGCAACUGACGAGGUCCCAUGGAGAGACUUUGCCAAGAAAGUAUCUGAUAGGUUGUGGAGUGCACCUGUUGAAGACUGCUCUGCCAGCGGCGUCAAGUGUGCUCACCUUCCACGGGCUAUUUGGGAUGCGAGAGUUGUUUGGUACAGUGGGAACAUGCAGACCAACGUGAUGGUUGACGUCCAACGAUGCUCCGGGUGUUGUAUUGGACCGCACGAACGCAUUUCUGCGUCUAAUGAUGGAGACGGUCUUGAUAUGCCGGGGUUCAUGAAGGCGGUUCAUAAAUUUCGUGGGUUGAAGCUGGAUGGAAAGCUUGUGUGGGUUUAUCAAUGUGCAGAUCAAAAGAUUGCACUGGGUGACUACGGCGACUACUCGAACGGCACCUUCAGACCUUACGGCAACAUAUUUAAAGACAUGCAGGUAGAUGACAUCGACCCAGCUUAUCGCCCCGUGGCUUCCUGCGUAUCCAGCGAUGCGGAUGUAUUGCAUCGUCGGCAGGAUCAAGGGCUUACAGUGGAGUUUGACGAGCGCCUGACACUUCAUUCACCGGAGGGCUUCUCACUUCCGAACAAUCAACAACUCGUGCUGCUGCUGAAAGCUUUUUCUAUUCGUCUCGCGGGCAAACAUCUAGUGACAACAAUCAUACAAUGCUCGGAUCUUGAUAGAGCGGAGGGAGAGAGAGGUCGGAAGGCGAAAGGUGAUGAGCAUUUUCAAGGGUGGUGUCUUGCCUUCGUUUUGAUCUUGAGCAUCAGCCUCGGCAUUUGGGACUGGUGUUCCCUCCACGGCGCCACCCACCUUUAUUCCUUUAUGUACCAUUGCUAGCCCACAUGUUUGGCGACGAGAACCGGUUUGCGCACA